ACGAGCCGGCUGUUUGAGGUGAUUCCGUGUCGUUGUCGUUGUAUCUUUGUGCUGUAUAAGUCGUUGAUGCCCUAAUUGCCCCUGCCCCUUUGCUAGAUGUCAAGGACUCACGAUGCCUCUCACCACCACCAUCAUCACGUUCGUGAUCUACGCACUGGGCGUGUACGCUGUGCCAUCGCCUAGAAGACUGGAAUCUCGAGCCGUCGAUGCAACCACAUUCACCGCGCUCUCGCAUAUGGAACAGUUUGCCGCCGCCGCCUACUGCCCAGGCAAUAACAACUCUCCCAAUACCAAACUCAGCUGCGCACCCGCCGAUACAUGCCCACUCGUCGAAGCAGCGAAUACAAACACACUCUUUGAAUUCGAGAACUCCCUCAUCACAGACGUCACUGGCUACGUCGCCACCGACACCACCAAUUCCCUCGUCGUCGUCUCCUUUCGCGGCAGCCAGUCAGUGCGCAACUGGAUCUCCAACCUCAACUUCCUACUCGUCCCUACCGAUCUCUGCGCUACGUGUUUCGCUCAUGACGGCUUCUGGACCUCGUGGGCUGAGGCGCGGAGUGGCGUCCUCGCCGCCAUAAUGACCGCUGCGAACUCGCAUCCUGGGUUCCAGCUCGUUGUCACCGGGCACAGUCUGGGCGGCGCGAUUGCGACCCUGGCCGCUGCGGAGCUGCGGAAGAAGGGCUAUACGGCGCAGUUGUACACGUACGGGGCGCCGCGGAUUGGGAACAAGGGAAUUAGUAAUUUCAUCACGACGCAAGGUGGCAACUUUAGAGUCACGCACAAGAACGAUCCGGUGCCGAAGCUGCCGCCGAGGUUGGGAUAUGUGCAUAUUGCGCCGGAAUAUUAUAUAACGAGUGCGAAUAAUGUUACGGUGACGCCAAGUGAUAUCCAGGUGUUCCAGACAGGAGAUAGUAGCUCUGGGAAUGCGGGCGAUGGGGGUCUGGACACGGACGCCCAUGGGUGGUAUUUUAAUAGAAUUUCGGCGUGCUCUGAUGGUGACUUUGAAUUGAAGAAGAGGGACGAGGAAAAGCGUUGAGGGCUUUCCCGUGGCUGUAUAGGAGUGAUGAGAUGAAAUGAAUGGCUACAAGUCUGUAUUUGAGGAAUCAAUUGUAUCUUUGUAUUGAG